UGCCUUCCCAACAACAUGCAUCUCACCAAUUCGCUCAGGUCUUGCUACCUCCUACUGCUUCUGGGGGCUCUGCCUGCAUGGGCAGCCCAUGAUGAUCCCAUUGAGAAGGUCAUAGAAGGGUUCAGCCGAGGGCUGAGCAAUGCAGAGAGAGAGGUGGGCAAGGCCCUUGAAGGCAUCAAUAAUGGAAUCACUCAAGCUGGAAGGGAAGUGGAGAGAGUUUUUGAUGGACUUAGCAACAUGGGAAGCCAGGCCGGCAAGGAGUUGGACAAGGUAUCCCAUGGCAUCAACAAUGGCAUCGGACACGCAGAAAAGGAAACAGAGAAGUUAACCCAUGGGGUCAACCACGCCGCUGGACAGGUUGGGAAGGAGAAAGACACAAUCAUCCAUCAUGGGGUCCACCAUGGGGUCAACCAGGCGGGCAGUGAAGCAGGGAGGUUUGCUCAGGGGACCCACCAUGUUGCGGGGCAGGCUGGGAAUGAGGCUGGGAAGUUGGGACAGGGGGCCCACAAUGCUCAUGGUUGGAAAGAUGCAGAGAAAUUUGGUCAAGGGGCCCACCAUGCUCUCGGUCAGGGCGGGAAGCAGGCAGAGAAGUUAGGUCAUGGGGCUCACAAUGCCUUUGGUCAGCCUGGGAAAGAUGCAGAGAAAUUUGGUCAAGAUGGUCACCAUGCAUUUGGUCAGCCUUCAAAGGAAGUAGAGAAGUUUGGUCAAGGGGCCCACCAUGCUCUCGGUCAGGGCGGGAAGCAGGCAGAGAAGUUAGGUCAUGGGGCUCACAAUGCCUUUGGUCAGCCUGGGAAAGAGGCAGAGAAAUUUGGUCAAGAUGGUCACCAUGCGUUUGGUCAGCCUUCAAAGGAAGUAGAGAAGUUUGGUCAAGGGGCCCACCAUGCUCUUGGUCAGGGUGGGAAGCAGGCAGAGAAGUUAGGUCAUGGGGUUCACAAUGCCUUUGGUCAGGCUGGGAAAGAGGCAGAGAAAUUUGGUCAAGGGGUUCACAAUGCCUUUGGUCAGGCUGGGAAGGAAGCAGAGAGAUUUGGUCAAGGGGUUCACAAUGCCUUUGGUCAGGCUGGGAAGGAAGGAGGGAAAGUAAUACAAGGGGCCAAUCAGGGACUUAGCCAUGCAGCAGUAGAGGCUCAGCAGUUUGGCCAUGGUCAUGGCCAUAGUUAUUAUGCUGCAGGGCAGUCUUGGCAAGAGGGAGACAAAGUAAUGUAUCCUGGAGUCAACCAGGCUGAGAAGGAGAUGGAGAAAUUUGGCCAAGGUGUCCACCAUACCAUUGACCGGGCUGGAAAGGAGGCAGAGAAAGUUGGUCAAGGGUUCCACACUGGGGUCAACCAGGCUGAGAAGGAGGCAGAGAAAGUUGGUCAAGGGUUCCACACUGGGGUCAACCAGGCUGAGAAGGAGGCAGAGAAAGUUGGUCAAGGGGUCCACACUGGGGUCAACCAGGCCGAGAAGGAGGCAGAGAAAGUUGGCCAAGGGGUCAACUAUGCUGCUGGCCAGGCCGAGAAGGAAACGGAGAAGCUUGGCCAAGGUGUCCACCAUGCUGCUGGCCAGGCCGGGAAGGAAAUGAACGGGUUGCAGCAAGAUGUUCAUAAUGGGGUCAACCAAGCCAGCAAGGAGGCCAACCAGCUGCUGAAUGGCGCUCAUCAAGGCGGGUACUCAGGCCAGCACGGAGGGGCAGGGGCCGCAACCACUACAGUAGCAUCUGGGGCCUCGGUCAACAAGCCAUUUAUCAACUUCCCAGCUCUGUGGAGGAGCAUCGCCGCCAUCAUGCCCUAAACUGAUACCCAGGCAACAGAACAUUCCUGUUGUCACAUCAGCUGAAAUGGCCUGGAGGAGCUGGGGGUGGUGGCGGAGAGCUUCCUGGGUGUCCUUAAAGGGGCUGCUUUGAGCUUUGUGAAUAAACACGAACACACUGUCCCCU